AUGUCGCACGAAGACACCAUAACCUACGCGGUGCGCGGGCGCGUGACGGUCAUCACCCUCAACAUCCCCCACAAAUUGAACGCGCUCAACGGACAGCAGUACCUCCAGUUGGCCAAGUACCUCCAGCAGGCUGACGACGAGGAGGACACCGUGUGCACGCUCCUCCAGUCCACAGGCCGGUACUUUUCUGCAGGUGCCAAUUUUGCCGACAAGGCCUUGACCAAGGCCGGCCCGGAUGUCAUGUUCUCACACGAGUACUGGUUGCAGAACUUCGCCGGGCGCAACGUGUAUCUCACCGACUUGUGCCACAACCAUAAGAAGGUGCUUGUAGCCGCGCUCAACGGGCCGGUCAUUGGGCUCUCCAGUGCCAUGGUGGCGUUCUGCGACAUUGUGUAUGCCAUCGACGAGGACCGCGUGAACUUAUUGGCGCCGUUCUCGAACUUGGGCUUGGUGGCCGAGGGCGGCACGUCCGCCACGUUCUUCUUAAGAUUGGGCUGGUCCAAAUCUGCCGAGGCGUUGUUGUUCGCCAAGCCCGUCAGCGGGCAGGACUUGAACCGCUUGGGCUUCUUCAACAAGGUGUACAACGGCAAGAACUACUCCACGGAGGAGUUCAACAAGGUGGUGUUCGAGGACCUCGUGAGCAAAUUCGACGGCUUGUACGAGCCCUCGAUUUUCGCCAACAAGCAGCUCCUCAAGGCCAACCGGGACCAGAUGGUCAACUCGGCGAACGCCAAAGAGGCCAUCGUGGGCUUCAACCGCUGGAUCGAGGGUGUUCCGCAGGGCCGCUUCGUGGAGAUGGCCAACAAGGAGAGGAAGCACAAGAUGUGA